GCUUGCAGCCUCGUCCCGGUGGACUCUGCUUCUCACUUACAUAACUUUAUGGCUCGCUGCACUUUCUGUUAGAUAGAAUGCAUUUAUGGUUGGAAAACACACACACACGUUUUCAAGUGCUGUGUUCUGGGUUUAAUUGCAGGUCCUUGAACUUUAGCUCAGCAUCAUAAAUAAUGACUUUAUAAACACUAAAACAAAAAUUCAUCCAGCAAUUUGGUGUUCUUAGUCAGUGGUUACAGGCUGGAGAGAUUUUAUGAAUUUAUGGCAUCCUGAUAAAGACUUCUGAGGAGAAGUAAUCUAUCAGUCACGGGGCUGAUCUUCUGGAAGGCAGCAGUUGUUGAUCUGCAGCUUGAGAAGUUGACCAUGGAGUUGACAAGACUGGCCCUUGUUGCUCUGGUUCUGCUGGUAACACUGGGAUCGUCAAGAGCCAAGGUUGAGGAGGAGAACCCUGAGUUCUGGAGGUCAAAGGCCAAGCAGACUCUACAAUCAGUCCUGGACAGAAAACUGAACACCAAUGUUGCCAAGAAUGUCAUCCUUUUCCUUGGGGAUGGAAUGGGAAUUACAACCUACACUGCCGCCCGAAUCCUCAAGGGGCAGCUGCAGGACCAGACCGGAGAGGAGACAGUGAUGACCAUGGACACCUUCCCACACGUGGGGCUGGCUAAGACCUACAGCGUAGACUUCCAGAUCCCAGACAGUGCAGCCACGGCCACGGCGUAUUUGUGUGGAGUAAAAACCAACCUGAACACCAUCGGAGUCAGUGCGGCGACUCGCAACGGCGUCUGCAGAACUCAGAAAGGGAAUGAGGUCACCUCCAUUCUGAAGUGGGCCAAAGAUGCUGGUAAGUCUGUUGGUAUUGUAACGACCACACGGGUGCAGCACGCCACCCCAGCAGCCUCCUACGCCCACAGUGCCAGCAGGACGUGGUACAGCGAUGCAGACUUGCCUGAUGCAGCCAAGACGGACAACUGCACCGAUAUCGCAUCGCAGCUGAUCGAAAACAUAGACAUUGAUGUGAUCAUUGGUGGAGGCAGAAAGUACAUGACACCGCGGGGCACCAAAGACCCAGAAUACUCCUUGGAUUUGUCUUCCUGGGGCACAAGAAGAGAUGGACGAAACCUAAUCCAGGAGUGGCAGAGCAUGAAAACAGGAAAGGUAGCCCACUAUGUGUGGAAUAAAAGCGAUUUUGAUGCUGUUGACCCUGAAGCCACCGACUACCUCAUGGCUCUGUUUGAACCCGGAGAUCUGCGUUAUGAGGUGGAGAGGGAUCCCAGCACUGAUCCGUCUAUUGUUGAGACCACAGAAAAAGCAAUCCGGAUCCUGCAGAAAAACCCAAGAGGUUUCUUCCUGCUAGUGGAGGGGGGGAGAAUCGACCAGGCCCACCAUGCCGGCCGGGCCUACAUGGCCCUCAACGAGGCUGUUGCUUUCGACAACGCCAUCGCCAAGGGCCUCGAACUCACAAAAGAGGACGAAACUCUCACUGUAGUGACGGCCGACCACUCCCACCCCUUGACCUUCAAUGGAUUCCCCUUUCGAGGGCAGAGCAUUCUGGGUAAAUCUCCUCUGUGGGGUACAGACUUUUUACCCUACACUACGCUGAUGUAUGGCAAUGGACCGGGCCACAAAAUCAUUAACGGCAAGCGCCCUGACAUUCGAAAUGUCACCACCAAUGAUAAAAACUACGUCCAGCUCUCUGCCGCCCCCGUAGACUCGACCACCCACAGCGGGGAGGACGUAGCGGUGCUGGCCCGUGGACCCAUGGCUCACCUCUUCAGCGGAGUCCAGGAGCAAAAUUACAUUGCCCACGCUAUGGGCUAUGCUGCCUGCGUGGGGGCCGACCUGAGGCACUGCAAUGGGGGGCCCAUACCACCUGUGUACCCCAACAACAGAUCUGGGGCAGUUCAGACCUCAUCAGCUCUGUCCAGCAGCCUCCUCAGUUUGCUGCUGGCCCUAACCGUGAUCAUGUAAGACCCCCUCCCCAGGUGAGGCAGGGGGCUAUUACACCAGCGUAGUGCAGAAUUGUUGCUGCCAGCAAAGCAUUUUGAUCAGAAAGAAUAAGGUGGUGAUAAAAUUUUCUUUGUUAAUUUAUUGGCUACUUCGGAACUUGCUGCGUCUCUAUUUUUCACUAAUAAAAUAAUUUAUGAC